AUGGAACCUAAAGCCACCACCAUCAUCAUCUUCUCCAUUGUCACCUCCCUCUCUUCACUGCCAUCUUUAAUGGCGGCAGCUUCAUCUUCAAACAAAACAACUUAUAUAACUGCUGUUUUCGGAUUUGGCGACUCCACAAUCGAUACAGGAAACAACAACUAUCUUCCCACAAAUAAUCGAGCAGUUCAUCCUCCAUAUGGCAUAGAUUUUCCUACCCAUAUCCCAAAUGGGAGGGUCUCUAAUGGCAAGCUAGCUAUAGAUUUCAUAGCCUCUUCAUUAGCCCACAAAAUCUACAUGCUACCUUAUCUUGACCCUAAACUCACCGACCAUGAUCUGUUAACUGGAGCCUGCUUUGCAUCAGCUGGUUCUGGUUUAGAUCCUUUAACAGGAAUGUUUGAUAAUGUGCUUAAUGUAUCAACUCAGUUAGAUUUGUUUGAUGAAGCUUUGAGAAGGAUAGAGAGAUUAGUUGGUGAUGGGAAGGCUAGAUUUAUAGUGGAAAAUGCUUUAUUUUUCUUUAGUGUUGGAACCAAUGACUUGCUCAAUAAUUUCUAUAAUGUGCCUAUAAGGACAUCUGAGUUUACAAUUUCAGGUUACCAAGAUUUUCUGCUUCACAAACUUGAAUAUGCCAUUAAGAGGCUUUACAGCAAAGGAGCAAGAAGGUUUGCGUUGUCUAGUCUGGGACCGAUCGGGUGCUUGCCAUUACAAGUGAGUCUAUUUAGCAAGAAACUGGAACGUAGGUGUGUGGAGCAGCAGAACAAUGAUAGUAUUGCUUAUAACAGAAAGCUUCGACUCUUGGCCUCAAGAUUGGAGACUCAAGGUGCCAGAGUUGUCUAUUGUGACGCAUAUAAUCUUACCCUCGACUUCAUUAAUAAUCCGGCUAAGUACGGUGAGAAAUUUGAUUAG